AUGAAAGACGUGCAGUACAAAAAGACAUUUUGCCAUAUUGGACAUUUAGGGAUGAGAUCACUUUCACAUCAGGACUAAUGUUCAAAGGAGAAAAAAUCAUUGUUCCAACUCAGCUAAGACAGGAGAUGCUGGAGAAAAUCCAUGAAUCGCACCUGGGAAUAGUGAAGUGUAAAGAAAGAGCCCGAGAUGUACUGUACUGGCCUAACAUGUCAAAACAUAUUGAAGAUGUUGUGUCACGUUGUGCAGUUUGCAACGAGCACAGAAAUAGCAAUCCAAGAGAACCACUACUUUCACAUCCAGUACCAAACAGGCCGUGGGAGAAAGUAGGGACUGAUCUUUUUCACUACAAUGGAUCUGAGUUUUUAUUGUGUGUGGACUAUUUUUCAAAGUACCCGGAACUCAUGAAGCUAAAGGACACAAACAGUCGCAGUGUUAUUGUGUCUAUGAAGUCAAUAUUUGCUCGACAUGGCAUACCGGACGUAGUCAUCUCAGAUAAUGGUCCUCAGUAUGCCAGUGCCGAGUUCCAAGAUUUUGCGGAAAGCUGGGAAUUCAAACAUGUUACGUCCAGUCCCACACAUGCUCAGUCCAAUGGACAGGCCGAGAGAACUGUACAGACUGUUAAGAAUCUCUUGAAGAAAGCGGAGUGCAGCAAAAGCGACCCCUACAUUUCUCUUAUGGAGUAUCGAAAUACACCCCUGGAGAAUGUUGGACUGUCCCCAGCACAGUUACUCAUGGGACGAAGGCUUAAAACGAAACUGCCAACGUCAACAUCGCUACUCACUCCUAAUGGAUCGGAAAAGGUUCAUCAGCAACUGAAAGAGAAUCAGGAGAAACAGAAACUGUACUUUGAUAGACAAACAAGGACACUGCCAGACUUGCAAGCAGGAGACAAUGCCAGGAUCCAGAGAGGAGAGACAUGGCAGCCUGCAGUGGUCCUGCACAAACAUCAGCAGCCUCGUUCAUUUGUGGUUCGCACACCGGAUGGAAGAAUCUACAGGAGGAAUCGUAAACACCUACGUACAACUGAAGAGAGUACGUUUCCAACAACAAAUGGACAGGACAUUAACACUGAAAUGGACACACAAAUGCCUAAUUGUAUUACUGAGAGUUUCCAGUCACAAGACAAUGAUUUUACUGAACAAGUCAAUGCACAGGGUACACAGACUUCAAUUUACAUCCCUGAUGCUAAUGCCUACAAAACUAGAUCUGGUAGAGCAGUAAAAGUACCUGCUAGAUACAGAGAGUAAUGUUUAUUUAGGAGUACACUGAAAGGUCUCUGUUGA